AACAUAAGUUUAGCAUCAAGUCCAUAGGUGAAUUAAAAGCAUGAUUAGGAGUUAGUGAGUGAGUCCACCCAAAUGCUGGUAAUUCUUGGACUCAUUGGUGGAAGUGUGUCCAUGAAGAACGUAGUAGCCAGUAACACCGUAAUGUCUCAUCUCUCUCACUCGUGACACUUUCUUCAUCCCUAACCCAUUGUCAUGAGUGCCCUCAAUUUGAACGCAUGGCCACGCCCCAGAUCCAGAUCCAGAUCCCGAUCCCCAACCUUUCACGCCGUCAAUAAGUUACCCUUCUUCACCGUUACCAAACGGAGAGCAUUCUCGCUCUCUGCGGUGCUCACGGUCGAGACGGAAGAGAAGCCACCAAUCUUCGACUUCAAGAACUACAUGCUUUCCAAAGCGUCCGCGGUCAACAAGGCCCUCGACGACUCCGUUUCGCUCCGCGAGCCCAAGAAGAUCCACGAGGCGAUGCGGUACUCGCUCCUCGCCGGCGGCAAGCGCGUGCGCCCUGUGUUAUGCGUGGCGGCGUGCGAGCUCGUCGGCGGGCACGAGGCCACGGCGAUGCCCGCCGCCUGCGCCCUCGAGAUGAUCCACACCAUGUCGCUCAUCCACGACGACCUCCCCUGCAUGGACAACGACGACCUCCGCCGCGGCAAGCCCACCAACCACACGGUCUUCGGCGAGGACGUCGCCGUCCUCGCCGGCGACGCCCUCCUGGCCUUCGCCUUCGAGCACAUCGCCGCCUCCACCCGGGGGGCCUCGGCGCCCCGGAUCCUCCGCGCGAUCGGCGAGCUCGCGCGGUCGAUCGGCUCCGAGGGCCUCGUUGCCGGCCAGGUCGUCGACAUCAACUCCGAGGGCCUGGCCGACGUUGGCCUAGAGCGCCUGGAGUUCAUCCACGUCCACAAGACCGCCGCGCUCCUCGAGGGUGCGGUUGUCCUCGGCGCCAUCCUCGGCGGCGGCACCGACGACGAGGUCGAAAAAUUGAGAAAAUUCGCUCGCUACAUUGGUCUACUCUUUCAGGUUGUUGAUGACAUUCUCGAUGUUACUAAGUCUUCCCAGGAAUUGGGAAAGACCGCUGGAAAAGACCUUGUGGCUGAUAAGGUUACUUACCCCAAGCUUUUGGGGAUUGAGAAGUCUAAGGAGUUUGCUGCGAAACUGAACAAGGAUGCUCAGGAUCAGCUUGCUGGCUUUGACCCUGUUAAGGCUGCUCCUUUGAUUGCUUUAGCCAAUUACAUUGCUUAUAGGCAGAACUAGAUUAUUGUUCUUGUCUCUACUUUACAAACAAAUCAUUGUUUGUUUUAGGAAUAUUUAGUUUUUUAUGAAAUGAAAAUCAUUGGAUUUACAUUUAUUUACAUAUUGCAAUGCAACUAGGGAUUAUUAAACAGUAGCCUCCCCUGCCCUUCUUCUAUGUGCCUGCCAUAGUCGUCAAUUUUGUAUGAUGAAUAAAUAUAAAUAUUAGAAUACCUUUAAUUUGUAAUUA